GGGAUCGGGCGCGGCUGGCGCGCCAUCUACACCGCACACGUCGCACGCCGAUAACCAAAGACCAAAAAAGAGAAAGAUGAUGUCCCUCGUCUCCACUCCCGUCGUUAUGGCCCGCGCCGCCGCCCCCAAGAAGGUGGCGCGCAAGAUCCAGGCCAAGGCCUCCGCCGAGGGCGCCUCCAAGUCCGCGGUUGCCGGCGCGCUCGCGCUGACCCUCCUCGCGGAGCCCGCGCUCGCGCAGGUCCAGGAGAUCUCUGUCAUCGCCGAUGCCGACAAGAAGGCCGCCGCCGCCGCGCUCGCCGCCUCCCUCGGCGCCGACCUCGAGGCCAAGAAGAACGUGUCCAUGGCCAAGAACCCCGCCAAGACCAAGAACCUCGCCAUCGGCCUCCCGUCCUUCUCCGCGCCCAAGAUCUCCCUCCCCUCGGGUGGCGGUGCUCCCGCCGCCAAGAAGGCCCCUAAGGAGAAGGCUUCUCCGUCCGAGGCGACCUCCCCCGCCCUCGGCGCCGCGAUGCUCAUCCUCUUCUCCCCCCUCGCUGUCGUCGCGGCCAUCUCCCUGCAGACCCUCGGCCGCGUCAUUCCCCAGGCGGCCGAGGGCAAGGAUUUCUUCCCCAAGGACACCAUGCCCUUCUAAGCGUCUUGAGUGUGCUGGCGGGUGAGAGCGGAGGAGGCCGGCGAAACGGGGCCGGUCCUUCGCGGAUGUGUUUUCGUAGCGAGUGACCGUCGACGGGCUCGGCGCGGCUCCGGCGUGGGCGCGCGUCGAAGGGCUUUGUCGACAAUAGCGAGCAGUCUUGUGAAGCAAGCAGGAAGUAUUUUU